GGCGUGUGUGACGGCACUCGGCACACGCGACGCGAAGCGAAAUCCCCCGCGCCACGCCAACCAAGCAACUGCGCGAGGCCAGGCCGCCGGCCGAAUCGCCCAAAAAACCCACCACUCCAUCGCGCGAACCGCCCCAACCCACGCGCGCGAGACAAUUCACUUGCCAGUUGCCGCUUUGGCUCUCAGCUCGCCCCGCCCCGCGGCUGCCUGCGAUAAAACCAGCCAAAAGCCAAGUCCAGCCGGGGUGGUGCGUGGUGGUGGUGACUGUCACCCAGCUCAGUCAAAGCCAGCCAGCCAGCCACCGCUGCAUCAUCCCGCCUGUCUGCCUGCGCGCGCCGGCCAGCCGGCCGCCGCCUCGUCUGCUCCGCCGGUCCAGGUUGGGUCCCCCUCUUGACGAGGGGCGGGAGGGAGGGAGCGAAUCUGAGGUGGUGGCUAUGGGGUCGCCGGGGGCGGGGAGCAGCGGCGGCGGUGGAGGUGGGCAUGAGUGCAGCUUCAAGAUCCUGCUCAUCGGGGACUCCGGCGUCGGCAAGAGCAGCCUCCUCGUCAGCUUCGUCGUCGCCGCCGCCGCCGCCCACCUCGACGACGACAUCGCUCCCACCAUCGGAGUGGAUUUUAAGAUCAAGUUCCUUACGAUUGGUGGAAAGAAAUUGAAGCUGACAAUAUGGGAUACUGCUGGCCAGGAGAGGUUUAGGACAAUUACUAGUUCUUACUACAGAGGUGCUCAAGGCAUUAUUCUAGUAUAUGACGUCACGAAGAGAGAAAGCUUCACAAAUCUGGCUGAAGUAUGGAGUAAGGAAAUAGAGUCACACUCAUCAAACAAAGACUGCAUAAAAAUGCUUGUUGGAAACAAAAUUGACAAGGAGGAUGAAAGAACUGUCACAAGAGAAGAAGGGCUUGCCUUUGCAGAAGAAUCUGGAUGCCUAUUUCUUGAGAGUAGCGCGAAAACACGAGAUAAUGUUGAGAAGUGUUUUGAAGAACUCGCACUAAAGAUUAUGGAUGUCCCUAGCCUCUUGGAGGAAGGCUCCUCUUCGGUUGUCAAAAGGAACAUUCUGAAGCAGAAGCAAGAAAGUCAAGCAAAGCAUGGUGGCGGAUGCUGUCAAUAGGUCAUAUGGCGUCCCAAAGCAGAUUGUGACAUUCCAACCCGAGCUGCUGUGUUGUGUUCUGUUUGUAAAUGAGUUGUAUUUAAAUUGUCUGCGAGUAAAUAGGGGCGCAAAAAGGGAUCAGCUUGUGAGGUUUUUGGAGAGUGAUUAACAUUGAUUUGUACAAAGUACAACAUGCUUCCUUUUUUUUUUCUUUCUAUUCAUUUUUUUUAUAUCUUCGCCGUAGGAAUGUGCUGCUGUCAUUUGCUUUUCUAAUCCGUGCUAGUCUUUUUCUUCCCCUAUUCAUCAUGAGACAACCGUAGUGAAAUUGCCAGAAUUAUGAUGAAGCGGCCGAGAACCUGAUUGGUGAA